GAGAGAGGGGUGAAGUGAGAGAGAGAGGCAUAGGCAAGAGGUGGCGGCGGAUCCUGCGAGAGAAGGAAGCGAAGACACAAGAGUGUUAUGCAUAUCCCUGAUUUAACAGAUCUAACGCUUGCCAUGUAGGCCCAUUACACGAUCCAACGGUCAAUCCACUACCGCGUUCAGCAACCCAACCCGAGAAUCCGUCAUCCUCGUUCCUCAUCAACCAACAUAAAUCAUUCUCUUAGACCCUUGCCGCGACCUCUCUCUCUCUCUCUCGAUUCCAGAUUCAAACCCUUUCACUUUUCCAUAUUUAUGCUUAUGCAUAUCCCUGUUUCCUCAUUUAGUCUCUAAUAUAUUUGAAUCUAAGACAUUAUUAAUUAAUUAUUAGAAACAAAGCACACCAAAGAAGGAAUAGAAUAGAACAAGAGAGGGCGCACGGCUUAACACUAGUAAUUAUUUAAGAUGCAAUCCAACGGCUCUGAUUCGCAGCAACAGCAACCAACGGACCAGAAUCAACGCCAACAGCAGACGCCACCGCACCCGCAGCCACUGCCACUCCCACAGCAGUGGGUGCCGAUGCAGUAUCCCGCCACCGCCAUGGUAAUGCAGCACCCCAUGCUGCCGCCUCAACAUUACGCGCCGCCGCCACCCCAGCCCUACAUGCCCUACCACCAGUACCAGCAGCAGGUGCCGCACGUUACCCCCCACCACGCACAUCAGCACCAGCCUCAAGGAUCCACCGCCGAGAACAAGACGAUCUGGGUCGGAGAUUUGCAUCAUUGGAUGGACGAGAAUUAUCUCCACCGCUGCUUCGCUUCCACCGGCGAGAUUUCCUCCAUCAAGGUUAUUCGCAAUAAGCAGACUGGUCUAUCAGAGGGUUAUGGAUUUGUGGAAUUCUAUUCACACGGCACAGCUGAAAAAGUUUUACAGAACUAUGCUGGAAUUUUGAUGCCAAACACAGAGCAACCUUUCCGGCUGAACUGGGCAACAUUUAGCACAGGAGACAAGCGUUCAGACAAUGUUCCAGACCUUUCAAUUUUUGUAGGAGAUUUAGCUGCAGAUGUUACAGAUAGCCUCUUGCAUGAGACUUUCUCCAGUAGAUACCCUUCUGUUAAGGCUGCAAAAGUUGUUUUUGAUGCCAACACUGGCCGCUCCAAGGGAUAUGGUUUUGUCAGGUUUGGUGAUGAUAAUGAGAGGUCUCAAGCUAUGACUGAAAUGAAUGGUGUGUACUGUUCUAGCAGGCCUAUGCGUAUUGGAGCUGCAACUCCUAGGAAAUCAUCUGCUUAUCAACAAGGAGGUCAAUCAAAUGGCACAUCCAGCCAAUCUGAAGCUGAUUCUAAUAACACAACUAUAUUUGUUGGAGGACUGGACCCUAAUGUUACAGCUGAAGAUCUUAAGCAUCCAUUCUCCCAGUAUGGCGAGAUUGUCUCUGUUAAGAUACCUGUUGGAAAAGGUUGUGGUUUUGUACAAUUUGCAAACAGAAAUAAUGCUGAAGAGGCCUUGCAGAAGCUAAAUGGGACAAUGAUUGGCAAGCAAACAGUUCGCCUUUCUUGGGGCCGAAAUCCAGCAAAUAAGCAGUUUAGAAUGGAGUUUGGGAAUCCAUGGAGUGGGGCAUAUUAUGGGGGCCCUGUUUAUGAUGGUUAUGGAUAUGCAUUGCCACCUCCACAUGACCCAAGCAUUUAUGCUGCUGCUUAUGGUGCAUAUCCCGUUUAUGGAGGCCACCAACAACAAGUAAGCUGAAUGAAGGGAAGAGAUUUAGAUCUCACAACAGCAUCAGACGGAAGUCACCACCUACCACAGCUUGGUUAUGAUGAUGAGCAAAUUAAUUAACUUAUACCUAUCUAUCUAUCUUAUCCCCUGUAACUUGGCUUGAAGAUGAUGAUCUGUUGAAUUCUUAAGAAUCCCCUCCUAAUUGUGGAGUGUGGACUUGAAUUUUGACCACCUCACGGUAGCAACAAUGUAGAGAGAUUCAAUUAAAUUAUUCGUUUUAGACUCUGUAGGGGUAAGGGAGUAAGGACCAAACUUAUUAGACUUGUCUAUUGGAAUAAUUAUCUUAA